UCCACUUAACUGAUCUGAGGAUAUUGGAAAGACUCCAAGAGAGAGAAAGAAAAGGCAGGAGGAUGGUGGGCCUCUGGAUAUCUUUACUUGCUCUCCUGGUGGGUCUUCUGAUUCAGUCCUAUCUGAAAAUGCUGAUGAACCGUAGAAAGUUUCCACCUGGACCCCUUCCUCUACCUCUCAUUGGAACCCUGUGGUGCACUGGCAUCCGAUUUUCUACAGAUACUCUCACAAAGUUCACUCAGAAAUAUGGAAAUUUUGCCACGAUAUGGAUAGGACCUUUCCCCAUCGUAAUUCUGUCUGGAUUCCAAAUAGUUAAAGAAGGCUUGAUCAACCAUUCGGAAACGCUAGCUGACCGACCAGUGACCUAUUUUGUUUUACAUGCCUUUAACAGAAAGGGCAUUGGAUUCGCAAACGGUCAUGGCUGGAAACAACAGAGACGAUUUGGCAUAAUCACUAUGAGGAAUCUGGGGCUGGGGAAGAAAGGAAUGGAGUUCCAAAUUGAAGAAGAGGCCCGCCGGCUUGUGGAGACCUUUUCACAAACAGGUGGGCAGCCAUUUGAUCCUUCACUGUUCAUCAGCAAUGCCAUCUCCAGUUUGAUAAGCACCGUGAGCUUUGGAUACAGAUUUUCCCAUGAAGAUGAAAUGUUUCAGAAACUGAUGGAAAGCAUUGAUUCCUUGGCACAAUUUGGAGUCUCCUUCUCUCAUGCUCUAUACACCACUUUCCCUUGGAUCAUGAAGUAUCUCCCAGGGCUUCACCAACGGACACUAUCCUGUGUGAAAAUGGCACUUUCAUUUGCAAAAGAGGAGAUACAGAAGCACAAGGAAAACCAGGACCUGCAUGAUCCCCAGGAUUUCAUUGAUUACUAUCUACUUCAAAUGGAAAAACAUCAGAGUAAGGAUGAUGCCAACUCUACCUUCAGUGAAGACAACCUGGCCCAAUGCAUUAUGGAACUCUUCAUUGCUGGGACAGAGACCACCUCCAGUACUCUCCAAUGGGCACUGCUCCUGAUGGUCGCUUAUCCUGAUAUCCAAGAAAGAGUCUACAAAGAGGUGGAAGACGUGUUGGGUUCCUCUCACUCAGUCAGCUAUCAAGAUCGGAAGAAAAUGCCUUACACCAAUGCUGUGAUUCAUGAGGCUCAGCGGGUCAAAUAUAUCUUACCUGUUGGGGUCCCCAGACGGUGUGCGAAGGAGUUGCAUAUGCUUGGUUAUCACAUCCCAAAGAAAACCCUUGUUGUUACAGAUCUGAAUUCUGUUCUUUGUGAUCCCAAGCAAUGGGAGACGCCUAAUGAAUUCAACCCAAACCAUUUUUUGGACAAGGAAGGGAAAUUCAUCACUAGAGAAGAAUUCUUGCCAUUUGGAGCAGGGGCUCGAACUUGCAUGGGAGAACAGAUGGCAAGGAUGGAGCUCUUCCUUUUCUUCACCCACUUGAUGAGAACAUUUAGAUUUCAACUUCCUGAAGGAGUGAAGGAACUCAAUCAAGAUCCCGUUGUUGGGCUAUCAAUGCAUCCGCACCCUUAUAAACUCUGUGCUAUUCCCCGCAGUAGUUUAUGAUAAAAUGAAUGAAAAUUUAUUCACAGUGGCUUAUUUAUUACUAUACAUUUCUCCAUCAUUCUUCUAGCAGUUCUCCAAUGUUCUGCCAUGACCCACUUGUUCCUUCAAAUCGGGAUGUUUUAGAUGUUCUCCAGUUUGUCAUAACUUCAAGAUGAUGUAUUAUGCAACUCUCAUUUAAGACAGAGCUUAGGCGCACCCUCUCAUUGGUUGCUCUUGUUUACUUGUGUUUAAUUUCAUGGCUGGAGGAAAACUUGGGACUGUUUAUAGCAGUGUUUCUCAACCUGGGG